AUGGCUCUGGCGGAGGCGUCCAAACCGCGCGACGACUCGCACUUCCCGGACAUCGUGGAGCUGAACGUCGGGGGCCAAGUGUACGUCACCCGGCUGCAAACUCUGGUGGCGGUGCCGGACUCGCUCCUGUGGCACAUGUUCAGCCGCCGGACCCCCAAAGAGCUGGCCAGGGACACCAAAGGCCGCUUCUUCCUGGACCGAGACGGCUUCUUGUUCCGCUACGUCCUCGACUACCUCCGCGACCUGACCCUGGUCUUGCCGGACUACUUCCCGGAGAGGAGCCGACUGCGGAGGGAGGCGGACUUCUUCCAGCUUCGCGAGCUGGCCAAGCGCCUCAGUCCGCAGGUGAGCAAGGACAACUCCAUCAGCGAGGAGAUCAGCCAAAGCGACACGGAGGACGGCUCGCUCCAAGGCGCGGAGGCGGCGUUAUUACGCGCCGGCUCGGCCGCGCGCUCCCCGUCUUCCGACUCUAGGAAGUCGGGCUACAUCACCGUAGGCUACCGGGGCUCGUACACCAUCGGGCGGGACAUCCAGACCGACGCCAAAUUCCGCAGGGUGGCGCGCAUCACCGUCUGCGGGAAGACCUCGCUGGCCAAGGAGGUCUUCGGAGACACGCUGAACGAGAGCCGAGACCCGGACCGUCCACCGGAGCGGUACACGUCGCGUUACUACCUCAAGUAUAAUUUCCUGGAGCAGGCCUUUGACAAGCUCACCGAGGUGGGCUUCCACAUGGUGGCCUGCAGCUCCACGGGCACGUGCGCCUACACCAGUAACGACCCCGGAGAGGACAAAAUAUGGACAAGUUAUACCGAAUAUGUCUUCUGUCGAGAACAGUAG